GCUGUGUGGUGGCCGGAGCCAUGUCUGUAUCCGACGAGGAGUACCGCGAGCGACAGGAGAAUGAGGUGCUGGUCAUCCAGUCGAUGUACCCGGCACCGGGCGAGUUCGAGGACCUGCGUCAGAACGACGUGUGGAAGACGCCGCGGCCGCCGGAGAUGGCGCUACGGCUGCAGGCGGCUGCGCAGCCGGGACAGACGGCCAGCGGGCUGCGGCUGCGGCUCAAGAUGCCGCCCCAGUACCCGGACCUGCCGCCCGAGAUCCGGCUGGAGGAGCCGCGUCAGCUGUCGGACGCGGACGUGGCACGGCUGCGCGCCGAGCUGCAGCGCGCCGCCGAGCAGCUGCGCGGCUCCGAGAUGGUCCAGGAGCUGGCCGACCGCUGCCGCGAGCUGCUGACCGCCGUGAGCCGGCCGCGGUUCGACUCGCUGCACGCCGAGAAGGAGCACCGCGAGCGCGUGGAGGCCGAGGCGGCGGCGGCGCGUGCUCACCAGGAGCGCCAGCGGCAGGAGGAGGAGCGCGCGCGCUGCCGCUCCGAGGUGCAGCGCGAGCAGCGCCGCCUGCUGGCUGAGGAGCGCCGCGCCGCACGCCGCCGCUUCUCCGAGAGUCAGCUCGACUCGGGCACGGCCUGUGUCUCGGAGAGUGCCGAGUGCGCCGAGCACGCGGGCGCGCGCCGGCUGACGGUGGCCGGCAGAGACGAGCUGCUGGUGGGCCAGUGUCUGCAGCACACGGCCGCCGGCGCCGCCGUGCGCGCCUGCCUGGACACCCGCUCUGGCGAGCCGCUGCGCGUGCAGCAGUGGUCAGUGCGCUGGCGGACGGCCAGCCGCACCCGAAAGGUGCACGACGCGGCCGCCGAGCCGGCCGGCCGCGAGCGGCGCACCGUGCUCGACCAGCUGUCGGCGCUGCAGCGCGAGGUGGCGCGGCUGGCCAAACACCGACACGACAACCUGCUGCACUACCUGGGCAUGUGCUUUGAGGAGACGGCCGCCGGCGCUGAGGUGUUCGUGCUGCAGGAGUUCGCGCAGGGCGCCGAUCUGAGCUGGCACGUGCGUCACGGCGGCCGCGCCGAGCCGGCUCUGCUGAGGCUGCUGGCGGCCGGACUGACGGCGGCGUUGGCGCACCUGCACUCGCGCGACAUCACCCACCGCGACCUGCGGCACACGAGCGUGCUGCUGGAGAGCAGCGGUCAGGUGCGGCUGGCAGACUACUCGGUGGGCCGCCGGCUGGCCGAGCUAGCCGGCGCGCCGACGCCCCCACCGCCCGACUACCCGCCCUACACGGGCCGGCCCAAGAAGGCGGACGUGCAGCGACUGGGCGCGCUGCUGGCCGCAGUGGCGCGCGGCGGCCUACGCUCGGAGCCGUCGCCGCCGCCCGACUGGCUGCCCGCGCCGGCGCGCGACUUCCUGGCGCGCUGUCUGGAGCCGGACGAACAGCGGCGCUGGUCAGCCGCCGAGCUGGCCGAGCACGGCUUCCUCAGCGGCGACUGGCGCCGGCCGGACGCGCCCCUGCCGGCCGCCGCCGAUGUGCGCGACGACCCGGUGGCAGCGGCGGCGGCGCCUACUCCGGAGCCGGCGGCGGCCGCGCUGCCGCUGCCGUCCGGCUCCAGCCAGCAGCUGGCCAACAACUUCCUCAUCCUGGAACACCUGGGGCAGGGUGGCUUCGGGGAGGUGCUGAAGGUGCGCAACAAGGUGGACGGCAACCUGUACGCCGUGAAGAAGAUUAUGCUGGAGCGGGACCGACCGCAGGACCUAAAAAAGAUCAGCGUGGAGGCACAGCACCUGGCAAUCCUGCAGCAUGAGAACAUCGUGCGCUACUACACCUCCUGGAUGGAGACUGAGGACGCCGCGGAUGUGGAAGACAGCGAGGACGGUGAGAGCGAAGACGAGGAGACGCUCAGCGGGCCUGACGAGGAGGAUGAGGACGAGUCCUCGGACGGUAUCUUGUUCGCCUACGUGUCGGAGGGCGGCGGCGGCCCGGCAGGGGACGGUCCGUCGCCGCCGGCCGCCGGCCCGGAGCCCAACUGCGAGCCGAGCGGCAGCCGGCGGCGGCGGCGGCCGGCGCGCACGCGUCGCUGUCUCUGCAUUCUGAUGGAGUACUGCGAGAAGAGCACUCUGCGCACGGCGCUGCCAGAACUGCCGCGCGACCAGCAGCGCCUCUGGCGACUCUUCAGGGAGAUCGUCGAGGGCCUGGCACACGUGCACGGUCACGGCCUCACCCACCGCGACCUGAAGCCCGACAACAUCUUCCUGGACCGGAGUGAGCACGUCAAAAUCGGUGACUUCGGCCUGGCCACGUCCAAAGUGGUGCGGCCGCGUGCCGAGGAGGCGGGCGCCGAGCGGCCGCAGGGCCCGGCCGCCGCUGAUGUUUCGGACACGUCGUAUGCGUACGCGGUGGGCACGGCGCUGUACCGUGCUCCCGAGCUGGAGCCGGCGCCGGCCGACGGCGAGCACGGCUCGACGCGCCGCGCCCGCUACACCAACAAGGUGGAUCUCUACAGUCUGGGCGUCAUCUGGUUCGAGAUGUGCUGCGGCACCUUCGCCACCGGUUCGGAGCGCAUCCACCGGCUCUGUGAGCUGCGCAAGCCCGACAUGCACAUCGGCGACGACAUCCGGCAGCGGCUGACGGACCAGCAGGUGCAGCUGCUCGGCCUGCUGCUGCAGCACGAGCCGACGAAGCGGCCCUCGUGCGUGGAGCUGCUCAGCUCCGAUCUGAUGCCCUCACCGCCGCUGGAGGAGGCGCGCCUCCGUAAAAUAUUCCAGGACACCGUGCUCAAGCCCAACACGCGCCGGUACGCGCACAUGGUGGACGCGUGUUUCUCGCAGCGCGCCACGGCCACCGACGACUGUGCGUACGACGUGCAGCUGGGCCGGCGCGCGGUGGCGCCCGAGCGCGGCGCGCUGGCGGCCGUGGCGCGCCGCCGGCUGGAGCGGCUGUUCGAGCGGCACGGUGCGGCGCCGCUGCCGCCGCCGCUGCUCACUGUGUCGCUCUCGGCUUCAGCGGACGGCGCCGCGGUGCGCCUGAUGACCGGUACCGGCCGGCUGGUGGAGCUGCCCCGCUCGCAGCGCCGGCCGCUGGCGCGACUGCUGGCGCGCGCCGGCACCGCGCCGCUCCGACACUACGCCAUCGAGCGAGUGUACGAGGAGCGGCUGCCACGCGGGCAGCACCCGCGCGAGCGGCUCGAGGCGCUGUUCGGCAGCCUGUCGGCGCCGGCGGCGGCGGCGCUGGCGGACGCUGAGCUGCUGUGCGUGCUUUCGGAGCUGGUGGCGCUGUUCCCGGCGCUGGCCGACCGCGAGUACCGGCUCGUGCUGGGGCACACGCUGCUGCUGGAGGCGUCGCUGGAGGCGGCCGGUGUGCCCACUGAGCGGCGUCAACAGGUGGUGGAGCUGCUCUGCCGGCACGACGCCGACUCUCAGCGGCAGCAGGUCCAGCGGGGAUUGGAGGCGCUCGGCUUGUCGGCCAAGUGUAUCAACCAGCUGUGGUUCCGUCUGGAGCUGCGCGGGAGUCUGGAGCGCGUGCAGCAGCAGCUGAGCGGCCGCCGGCCGUCUGAGGCGGCCCGUCAGGCGCUGCACGAGCUCACCACCGUCACUGAUUACGCCGAGCGGCUGGGCGUCACGCUGCCCGUGCUGGUGUACCCAGGUCUGGUGCUGGGUGAGGAGCACAGCCAGUUCCGCGGACUGGUGUUUCAGCUGCAGUGCCCGCGGCGCCGCGGCGCGGGCAGCGCCGUGCUGGCCAGGGGCGGCCGCUACGACCCGCUACUGGCCCACUACUGGUCGCUGCUGGCUCCCGAUGGCGCGCCGCAGCCGGCCGCCGCCGCCGUCUCCAUCGCCUUCGACGAGCUGGCGGCGGCGGCGGCGCGCGAGGGCCGCUCGGCGGGCACGCCGUUCGACGUGGUGGUGGCGGGUGGCGGUGACCGGGCGGCGGCGCGCCGUCAGGCGGCCGUAGCGCGCCAGCUGUGGACGGCCGGCGUCAGCGCCUUCCUCUACUGCGGCGGCGACUCGCCGGCGGCUGCUGACGACGCGGCGCGCUGGGCGGCCGAGCGCGGCGCGCGCGUCCUUCUGCUGCCCAAAGACUCGGACUCUCGGAUGGUGCGCGUGCGGCCGUUGGAGGGGCGCGGCACCGCCAAGGCGGUGGUGUUCACCUCUGACCUGCUGGAGCACCUGGCGCGGCUGGGUGUUAGCGGUGAGCGGUGCGGAGAGCGGCCGGCCGAGCCGCCGGCGCCGGCCGCCGAACUCUCCGUCCACUGGGUGGUGCGCAGCGCCGACUCACUGCGCUCGGGCCAGCGGCAGGCGCUGGAAGCCACCGCCGAGCGCCACCUGGCCGCCGAGCUGGCCGCGCUCGGCCCGUCCGCGCGCACUGAGCUGCUCAUGAUCGAGCUCGACCGCGAGGACGUGAUGCAACUGAGCCGACUGCGGCUCAAUGAACCCGAGCAGGCGUUCCAGCAGAGUGUCGACCAGGUGCUGGACGCGUGCCGCGCGCAGCGCAAGUACGUGGCGCGCGUGUGUGACGAGCUGGCGCGCGUACGGGCGCGCCGCUGCACCGUACUCGUGUUCGGGUUCCAGGCCAAGUGUCACCUGCUGCUGGCCUGUGCCGGUACCGAGCACUGGCGCUAGCCGCCGGACCGGACCGACCGACGGGGCGCGGAAGGUGGAACGACCGGAGGUGCCACUGCGAGGUCAGUUGCCCCCGGGGUCUGGGCUAAGUCAGUCAUUCGCUGUUCACCCUGAAGCUCAGACUGCCGUCACGGGUUUAAAGUAGGGGCGUUUUCCAAAAUGAUGUGUGAUAACCGGCGGGUUUUGGUCCUCUGACAGUGGGGGCGGUAUGCGGAGUGGUGGUGCCGUUAGGAUCGGUGUCGUGGUCUAGGUAUCGCCGCUGGCUAUGGGACUCGGCUACUGCUGAAAAAGACACUGGGAGUCUGUGUUCGCCCGAAUGGAGGCUGUGUCGUGUUGUGUGUAUCUUGAGAGGGGCGUCGUCCUAGCAUCCAGCUGUGAUUCCUGCCUCUGACGGCAGGUCGGUGUCCGCUGUCCACUGCCCGCCGGUCGGAGAAGUGUCCGCUGUCCGCCGUUCGGGACAGCAGUGCCACUGGCUGGACCAGGCUGUGAGCCGGGAGGCCCGGGACAUUGCGACCAAAUCCAUUUGUUAUUGCAGUGCCAGUUUUACCUGUAAUGUGCCUGUGGGGACGUGUGCCGUGCGUGCUUUGUUCGCUGCUGUCAGCCAGUUGUGUUAUGACCUGUUGAUGCCUAGCGGGUCCGUGCCAAAAGACAGCAUUUGUUUAUUUAUUAUUAAUGGUAGUUUGACUGGGGUUAGAUCGGCUUUGUGGCAUUCUAUGUGUGUGGGUUCUAGUCGCCAGAUGUAGCUUCUGCUAAUGUGGAUCCUUACCACAUUUAUGGGCACAGCAAUACGUUUGUACUCGUGUCUGGAAGCGUGUACUCACAUAUCGUUAUUACCAGACCGCUGACGAAGCGAUCGAGCGCUGGAGAGGCAUUGGAAGCGGUAUAUUUUUGUAUGGACAAGCACAAAGUGCCCGUUAUUUUUGCAAACUAUGGUGCAAUGGUCUGUUGGUGUUUUGUUUUGUUAUGCAUGCAUACAAAUUUGAAGUAAUUAAUGGUGUUAAUUAUUCCAGCGAUAACCGAAGAGGGGUUACAUGAAUAAGCUAAUUUUGGACUUGAACCUAACGUUGUGGACGCAUGUGCUCAAUAUGGUAACGAAACGCCUAGCAUGUAAAUCAAGGCAUCUAAACAUAAUAUUGUGACAUUGACACGUGCAGUGCAGCGCUGACGUCAAUGAACUUCUCUCAGCUGAACCGGCUGACUGAAGUACACUGGGCUGACGGUGGCCGUGAACUCCCGUCUCAGUAAGGACUACGGAGACGUCCCGGUUUGCCGUCGCCAGUCCAAGUUCUCUUACAUACCUACUGGGAGACAGCUGCAAACCGGUCACUAGCCUGAGAAGGCAGCGUAUGGUGCCCGCCCCCGUGCAGCUGCAUGCAUGUUACCACAGCGAGUAGCGACCGUGCAGCGUCACAGUAACCGUGCUACCGUCACCGGUGACGGGUUAUCAUGGCCGGCGGACCGGUUCAAUCAGGGCCGAGUAGGUAUCACAGAUUAUACUCUCUGACCUGUUCUGAUCACUGUAAUCCCCAGUCCCAUGUAAUGUCUUAUGUGGCAUCCCAUGAUAAUCAAUGCGAGGGGGCCGGUGAUUCGGGCCUGGCUGUCCUUGCCUUUACAGCUCGGUACGUUGAGACGUUCUGUGACCUGACCUCCAUCGCCGUCACCGGUCCUCUACCCCCCCCCCCCAUCCUGAGGAAGCCCUGUCUCGGCCGUCGGCGCCGAUGAAGCCCACCAACGUCGACCUCUGCCGCUGUGGGGUGCGACGGCAGCUCAGUCGUCCCGCAGAGCCGCGCCAGACCGCUCUCCGUCAGCCGACGCCAUGGAGAAGAAGGAGAGCGAGAAGUCGGCCGGCGAGGGCGAGAAGGAAGAGGAGGUGUCGCCCAAGAAGAUCACGCGCCUGAUGCGCCUCCUCUCGGUGGUUGGCUAUCUGGUGGCCGUGUCGUCGGCCGGCUUCAUGAUGUCGCUCUACUACAUCUUUCUGUGGGACCCGUACGGCUCCGAGGCGCCCAGCGCGCUGUCACUGCGGGCGGAGCGGCCGCCGCAGCUGCUGGCAGCCGGGAUCGGCCGCGCCGCCGCCGCCACUCUCGGUCCGUCGCCACUGGUCUAACGGCGCCGCCCCCGUCGCUCGGAGCUCCCCGUUCACCGCCGGCCCGCCGUCUGUGCCGUCUGUGCUGUGGGCGCCCGGAGACCUCGGCAGACAGGACAUCAUGUGCCCCGGUGGCACUGGCGCUACCUCUGUCAGAAGCAGCCUACAGAUGGAGGCGGCCUAAAUCGCCGGGAGUGAGAAGUCGCCGGGCGGUGGCCUGCUCACAGUGACUUCUGCAGGCGGCGUGGUCCAUGUGCAGUGCUGACAUAACCGUUAUGCCACCAGAGAGCAUGCAAAAGCCGUUUGGCUUGGCCGCACUCCUUCAGCAGUCGCCGCCAGUCAGCACGGCUGGCAUCGGGAUGUCACCUCAACCUACGGUCAAAGUCGCUUUUUAUUUAUGAAAAAGUCAACGGAUCGACUUGACGUUUUAAAUGUGCGCACCCGCCGAUGGCUUACUCGAUGUAAAAUACAGACCGAUACCGAUAAAA